GUGUCCUUGUUUGAAUGUUUUAAGGUGACUGAUAUUGCUGCUCCUGCUUCAUUGCACUUCUACACUGGCUUAGGCCUAGGAUGUCAUCACAUCAUGUCAUCACCCAGUUGAGUGUUGAACCAUUGUCAGGAAAUGUGCUCAUCGAGGAAGUCUCUGAGUGUAACUCAUAGAUGACAGAUGCUUGAAUGGAUGAGAAAGUAUGAAGAAUAGUGAGCGAGGGGAAAAAUCUGCACUCUGUAUAAAUUAGUAUCCCUGUGCUUCGAUUGAGGUGACAAGAUUCUCUUGGACUGUUGGAAAACACUUGAAGAAAUCAGCCCAGAGUCAUCCACAAGGCUAAAUUCACUCCGCUCCUAGACCAGGGUCAUCCACACGGCUGAAUUCACUCUGCUCUUAGCCCAGAGUCAUCCACAAUGGAUUCAGUUCCUGAGCAGCUUUUGGAUAUUCUGGAUAAUCUGGAACAAAAAGAGCUGGAGAGAUUCCAAUGGUUCCUGUAUACUGGGGUGAAAGGUUUCACUCAACAGAUCUCUGUAAGACUGGUGAAGGAGGUGGAGAGAGAGAAAACAGUUGAUAUGAUGAUAGCAGCCUACAGAGAAGUUGAUGCUGUGAAGAUCACACUGGAAAUCCUGAGGAAAAUGAACCGGAAUGAUCUAAAGGAGCAGUUAACGGCAAAGUACAAAAUAGUUUUGUCAACAGAGAGAGAUGAUAGAGACACUGCAAAACAAGAUGCCUGUGAUCUCACACUGGACCCAAACACAGCAGCCAGAAACCUCUACUUAUUUGAGGGGAACAGGAAGGCGACCCAAGGGGGCUUUCAUCAGUUGUAUCCAGAUAACCCAGAAAGAUUUGACUGGUGGGGACAGGUUCUGUGUCAAGAAGGUCUCACUGGACGGUCUUACUGGGAGGUGGAGUGGAGUAUUUGGGCUGUUAUAGCAGUGACAUAUAAAGGAAUCAGUAGGGAAGGAAAAGGUGUGGACAGUCAGUUUGGAAACAAUGACAAGUCCUGGAGACUAACCUGCCAAAGUACAUGUUAUACUGCCUGUCACAAUUGGGCAGAAAUUGUUAUACGUGACACCCCAUCCUCCAACAGAGUAGGAGUGUAUCUGGACUGGCCGGCCGCCACUCUGUCCUUCUACAGUGUCUCCUCUGACAAACUGACCCACUUACACACAUUCCACUCUACAUUCACUGAGCCCCUUUACCCAGGGUUUGGGCUUUGGCGUAAUGGCUCAGUGUCUCUCUGUCAAGUAGAAUAAUGUCCUGAUUCCUGGAGGAGCACCUGAGUACAGUGUCUCUGUAGAAUAGUGUAACAGUUUUAGCCCACGAUGGGCUAUUACAGAAAGCAACAAAUACUUUUUUUUUUGAAUUUUGCUUCAAUUAUGAAUGUACUUCAGCUUAGUAAACCAAUCAUUUAUU